AUGCCGUCCGCCUCCACUAGGCUUCAUCACCAGUGGAACGAAAAGAAAAUAUGGGGAUUCCAUGGAUGCUAUAUCAGGUUCCUGUCCACCAGAUCUGGGGGGGACACCUUCUCCUAUGACGAUGUCGUCGAUCGUGCCGAGAUGCUAAUUCAUCAAUGUUCGGGAAUCCAGGCGCUGCCCUUUCGCGGCGGAUUUGUCGCUUUGGGAGCUCUGGACAGGUUCAUCAUUGACAUAUCAUACGACAUGCCGGCCGACAAGGCACAAGGCAAUAUCACAGAUGGUCUAUCCAGCAAUAAGAGCGAUGUGACCAGUCUUCCACGCGACAUCACGAACAGUACCACCCCCAGCACCAAUCCAUUGGGGCCUCCUCGAAUCCUCACCUGCCAUCGCACGCCCAAGUUCCCGGCCAUUACACCCCGCGACUGCAAUGCCCCCCUGCUUGAAAUCUCCACUAUGUCAGGAGCGCUUCGGAGACAGACCCAAUCAUCUUCUCAGUCAGACACGUGGAGCGCGCCUGGUUGUACAGUCAAGUAUGCUUGGGCCUAUCGCAAGUCGGUCGUCACCACAGACGUUUUUGCUUUCCUCGACAUUGUCGAUCGUGUCGAUCUGCUAAUUGAACAGUGUCAGGUCACGUCGGGAGAGGUGUUUCGUGGCGGAUUCGUUAGCCUGGGCUCUCACGACAGAUUCAUCGUUGAGGUUGCUUAUAGCGGCGACAAUGAGGGUGGGGGAGCGAAGCCUUCGAGUGAUGUGACGAUAGAGUGGUUGGGACUUGAGAUCGGAGACAUGCUAUGA